UGCGACGGUGCGAAUACGGACCCUAGAGCAUUGACCGUUGAGGAUAAAACUAUGCACGGUAGUUGUCUGGUGCUUUGUGGAGUUGUGGAGGAAAUGGCUCUGGUUUUCUCCCCAGUUCCCACGCGGUUGAAGUUGAAGCCAAGUUCAUGCUCCCCCUCUUUUUCCCAUCGCUGGUGCUCUUCCCGUCAAUCCAUCACUUCCUCCUUCUGCUGCCGCCCCGCCGUCAUUCUUCCAGGUUUGGGGAACAAUUCAGGUGACUAUGAUAAGUUUGCGCGGACACUGGAAGGCUAUGGAGUGCCCAUUGUGGUGGCCAAAGUGUCAAGAUUUGACUGGUUCAGGAAUGCUGCUGGUUUGGUGGAUCCCAAUUACUGGCGCGGCACUCUUCGACCUCGCCCCGUUCUUGAUUGGUACUUGAAGAGGAUUGAUGAGGCCGUUCACGAGGCAAAGCAACUGGCUCAAGGUGGGACUAUAUCCUUAAUUGGACACUCUGCUGGAGGAUGGCUUGCUCGUGUCUACAUGGAAGAAUUUGGUUUUUCUCAUAUUUCCUUGUUAUUGACUCUUGGAUCCCCACACCAACCACCUCCAAAAGGCUCGUCUGGAGUUAUUGAUCAAACAAGAGGCCUCUUGGAUUAUGUUGCAAAGCAUUGCACGAAGGCCGUUUGUACUCAAGAAUUGAAAUUUGUGUGUAUUGCAGGGAGAUAUGUCCGAGGAGCUCGUUUCUUUGGCAACUCAGAAAUGAAUGCUAAUUCUGUUGCUCUUAUUGAUAAUGCUCAAUCUAUUUCCAAGGCUGCAAUUGGUGGUGAUAGAAACAAUUCAACAUCAAUUGCCAGCACAUUAAGUGCUCGCUUUGUUGGGCAGGGGUACAAGCAGGUUUGUGGGCAGGCAGAUGUUUGGGGUGAUGGAGUUGUUCCAGAGGUCUCAGCUCAUCUGGCUGGUGCACUCAACAUUAGCUUCGAUGGAGUGUACCACGCACCAGUUGGUUCUGAUGAUGAACUCAGACCUUGGUACGGCUCUCCUGCCAUUGUGGAUCAAUGGAUACACCUCCUCCUCAGCUAAUUAAAU